AUGUAAUUUGAAAGAAAUUUAAUUGCUUUUAAGGUAGUUUUAGGAAAUGGAUUGCUCAUUUAAGAUUUUGAAAGAAGUAGAAAAAAGUCUUAUAUUAAUAUUCUUCCUAUAUUGUCUACAAAAGAUUAAGCAGGUAAUGAGGUAUAUGAAACCUUAGAACUCAUAUAAUGUGAAGAUCCUGAUUUACAAGACUAUUACUGUAUUGACUACUCUAAAGUUACUAAAAAUAAGAUGAAUGAGCCAUUCUUAAAUUAUUUUCCUAAUGAUAAUUAAAAACAAAAAUUAGAAAUAUUAAUGCUUUAUUGCACAGAUGGAUUAAGUUACCCUUAUACAGAAUGCGCUACUUAUGAAGAAAUACAAAAAGAAAUUGUAAACUUAAGUACUUAGACUUAUGUAAGAAUUACUGGUUAAUAAUAUAAUCCAAAAACUAGGUAAUAUGAAAAAAAAAUAAAGCAAGAGCAAUUUUAAUUAUCAGAUAGCUUAGUAUUCUUAGGGAAGUUUAGCUUAAAAAGUACUACAACUACUAUAAAUGAUGGGUUUAUUAUUUAAAAAGAAAGCUCUAAAACAUACAUUUCAGACUACUAAAAGACUAAUGAAUACAAUACCUUUACAUAUAUGUAAGCUUAACUAUAAUUAAACAUGAUAGGAGCUUAUCAUUUUUAAUUGGAAGAAAAUGGCAAAAGUGAAUAUGUGUAAUUUGUCUAAUUUCCAAGUGUUUUAGCUUAAUUUGUAAGCGUUUUUAACUCUCUGCUGGUUGUAGGAAUUAUUUGUAAAGGGUUUACUAAAAGCGAAAUAAUUUAAGAUUUUAUGGAGAUUCAAUUAAAAAAUUACUACAAAAAAAGUGCCAUCGAAUUUAUGCAAGAGGUUGAAACAAAGAAAUAAUAAAAAACUAUUUCUAUUUUUUUCUAGAAUAAUUUAUUCAACAUUUAUAAGUAAAUUCGCAGAGGAAAAACAAAAAAAGAUGAUCCAAAAUAAAUUAAAAUUUAUAAAAAGCUGAUGGACUCCACUAUUGAACAGAUAAAUAUUUAUGACAUAUAAAAAGAACUCUUGAAGCUAAAAAUUAUGGUAAGAAUGAGCUUUACAGUUGAGUAAUAUGCCGCUCUUCAGCUUUGUGGUUUAAGAAUAAUAUUAGAUGAAAAUAUACAGAAUAUAGAUGAUUCAUUUUAAGAGAAGUCAGAUAAUUAUUUAACAGAAAGCACUGGUAAUGAGUAAAAAUAAACUAUUUAUUUAGAGGAAAAUAAUCUCAAUUAAAAAAUGUCAUAGUAAAAUACUAAAGCAGAGUUUGAAGAAAAUAUGCUUAAAUUAGAAGAAAAGAAUAAUAAAAAACUUAAAAAUCUGAAUUUCUAAAGCUUAACUCUUAAUCAUCUUGAAAAAAUAGAAAGAUUAGAAAGAGACAACAAUUAUUUUGAAUAGCAAAUAGAUAAAUACUUUAGUUAAAAAAAUUUAAAAACAUAGUUAGAUCAAAGAAUCCUAGAUUGUCUAAUAAACUAUAGAUAGCACUAAUUAGAUACAUAAUCAUUUAUACCAAUAAAUAAUAGUAAUACUAUUAAUUAAUGA